AAAGGACAGGACCAUUGACGAAGACAUAGAUAACUAUUACAAUUUGCAUGUGCAAGGGUAAAACAUGGUAAAAGCAUAAGGCCCAAUUAUUGAACUAUUGAUGCAAUACUGCAAUUUAUAAGGGUUUAAGGCCCCAUAUUUGGGACUACGGUCCAAUCUAUCCGUUCCUUGUCCGAGAAAUCGCAAAGGAAAACUGUCCUUCCCUUCCAUUUGUUAAACCCAAAACAAAACCCCACGCCCCAGUGGAAGAAAAAGAAAAAAGAAAGAAAAUUAAGGCAAAAAGAUGGGACCAUCUUCGACAGUGAGAGCAGUUGGUGCAAUUCUGCACAGAUUUACAAAUGGGGUUCCCUCGACUUCCUUGAUUGUUUCUCGGGAUGGCCUAUUAAAAAGUAGUAGGAAAUUAUCAUCAGCAUCAUCAGUAUCAUCUUCCACUUCAAUAUUGUAUCAAGUUAACGCUAACAACACUCAGCAUCAACUCCGAAGUAUAUCCACUUUCCCUCCUCUUUGCAUGGGCAGGCGUUCUUCCAAGAUUGCUGGCAGAAAGGGUGCUCAAGAUGCAAAGAAGGCUAAAAUAUAUUCAAGGAUUGGAAAGGAAGUUGUAUCUGCUGUAAAAAAAGGUGGUCCAAAUCCAAUAUCAAAUACGGUUCUUGCAGCUGUGCUAGAGAAAGCCAAGGAGCUUGAUGUACCCAAGGAAAUUUUGGAGCGUAACAUCAAGAGAGCUUCAGAGAAAGGACAAGAGGCAUACAUUGAGAAAGUUUACGAGGUAUAUGGUUAUGGUGGAGUUAGCAUGGUAGUCGAGGUCUUAACAGAUAAAAUAACCAGGUCUGUAGCAGCUGUUAGGGAGGUAGUCAAGGACUAUGGAGGAAAGAUGGCAGAUCCUGGGUCUGUUAUGUUCAAGUUCAGGCGUGUUCGAGUUGUGAAUAUAAAAGUCACUGAUGCUGAUAAAGAUCAGCUCCUUGCCAUUGCAUUAGAUGCUGGUGCUGAGGAUGUUGUUGAGCCUGCAACAUAUGAAGAUGAUACUGAUGAGGAUAGGUCAGAGAGCUAUUAUAAGAUUGUAAGUUCAGCAGAAAACUAUGCACCAAUACUUUCAAAGUUACGUGAUGAAGGAAUAAAUUUUGAGACUGAUAAUGGUUCUGAGCUACUUCCAAUAACCACCAUUGAGGUGGAUGAUGAGGCUAUGGACUUGAACAAGGAACUUAUGUCUAAAUUACUUGAACUUGAUGAUGUUGAUGCUGUUUAUACCGACCAGAAGUGAUUUAUAUCUAGACCAUUUCCGUGAUGGAAUUGAUGUUUCUGAGUCAGUUAACCUGUAGUUAGUGCAUAAAUCACAAUCUUGGCUAGAUUGUUGCUCGUUUUAGCAGGGGCUUUCCCAGAGGACCUUCUUUUGAUAAUUUUCUCUGUUACUCUUUUUACAAAUUCUAAAGAGCUGCCAUGGCUGAAACCACGGU